AUGAAAUUCAAAACCCUCAGUAAUUCGCAAGUUCGAGAGCUCCUUCUAGGAGCGUCUCGCACCCAAUGGACCAAAUAUAUUGGUCAAUUGCACACUGCGCUAAAACGAUACUCUCAAAACCCAGGUAUUGUGCCUCCUAGGAUUGUAGAACCUAUCCCGGAUGGCAGCACCAUUCAUUUCGUGAUGCCAGUUCUGGACGACAUCUACUGUGGUGUGAAGACCAUGGGUUACAAUGCAGCAGCGGGCACUGGAUUUGAAGGUUCAGUGAUAGUCACGGAUCCCAAAUCGGGCAUCUUGAAAGGCGUGGCGGAGGUGAAGGAACUGACCGGUGUCAGGACGGCGAUGACCAGCUGCAUCGGUCUCGUGCGUCAACUGCCUCUUUUUGGACAAACUGUGAUAGUUACGGUCUUCGGGACUGGACUGCAAGCGUUUUGGCAUGCAUAUAUAUGCUCCAAGCUUCUAGAAGGCAAAAACAUUACUGUCAAUUUUGCACAUAGAAAGACGCCCAUGGAUACUUCUUUGCUGCAAAAAUGGAUUGCAGGCUUGACUGUAAACCAGAUCCCGCUCAGCGACAACACUGAGAUUUCCAAGGCGGUGUCGCAGAGCGACAUUAUUUUCGGAUGUGUGCCCUCCACAUCGCCUGCUAUCCUGAAAAAGGACCUCGAGUCGCCCUUGGGCCCCAGCUACACCUACAUUUCUCUGAUUGGCAGUUACAAAAGCCACAUGCACGAAUGUGACACUGCACUUGUCGAAGAGUUCAAGGCCCAGGACGCUAAGAUUCUGGUGGAUUCCGCGGAGCACACACUUGCAGAGGCGGGCGAGUUGAUAGACGCCCAAGUAGUGCCAGAACAGCUAUUGGAGCUGGGCAAGUUAGAAGACUCGACCCAGGUUCCUACCGUUCAGAUCAACGAGAAAAGACAGGUCACCCUGUGCAAGAUAGUAGGGUUGGCCGUGAUGGACGUGAGCACUGCUAUGUCUCUACUGAACGAAGUGGGAACCUAG